CGGUUUUUCAGAUCUCAUUGCUGUGUUUGCUGCCUACCACCACCUGCCUGCCUGCCUCUCCGGAGUUGAAGAGAGAAAGAGAAAGAGCCAAGAAUCGUCCUAUAAGUAGUUGGACGCGGCUAGCCACGAAGCAGCAGGAGACGACCGCCGGAAGCGAGCGCGACGGGGCAGAUGUCGUCGUCAUACCAAUAUUUCCCUCUGCCGGCCUCGAACGGCGGCGCGGGCGAGGGGACAUUUGCUGGAAAGUCGACGAUCAACCGACUCGCGAAUAGACGGCCGCUGCUCGUGGGCGUCUUUCUCGCCUUUCUCUGCUUCCUCUCGGGCUUCUGGGUCGAUCGGGCUUUCUUCAGCAAUGGCGGCUACGACUCCUUUGCCGCCGAGGCUGCCUGGAGAGAGCAAAUGAUGCAGGCGCAAGGACCACCACCACUGCCGCCGGCGCCAGCAUCGCCGCCUUCAGGGCACAUGCCGCCAUCAGUGAACCUGCCGCCACCGCCAUUGCCGCCUCCCUCGUCACCACUAGCCGAUGUCAGCAUCACAUACACGUCGACCAACACUGCAGCCUCUGCCAAUGGUGACGACAUUCCAAACCUCGUCCACUUCGUUCGGCAGCUCAACCGAGACAAAAAGACAAACGCACCGGGACCGCUCAAGUUUGAGUUCCGGCAUUUCCUCGCCUACUACUCGGCCCACAUGCACCUCAAGCCCGACCGGAUCACAAUCUGGUCCGAUGCCACGCCCGACAUCAUCGAGCGUGCCCGGGUCGAGGGCGAUGAGUACACAAAAGCGGUCCUGCGGAUCCCCAACCUGCAUCUCGAGUACGUCGAGAUGCCCAAUGCGACGGCGACGGGCACCAAGAUUGAGCUGUAUGCCCACAAGUCCGACUUUGUCAGGACGAGGGUGAUGGCCGAGCACGGCGGCAUGUACUUUGACGACGACGCUUGGGUCCUCAAGGAUCUCGCCCCGCUCCGGAAAGCGGGCUUCGACAAUGUCUUUGGUCGGCAGUGGGGCAACGACAUCUGCCAGGCCUUCUGGAUGGCCAAGCCCAAGAACGACCUGAUGCAGGCCUGGUCUCGCCUCCAGGAGACGCAGUUCAACGGCGACUGGGUGCGUGCCUCCAACGAGCUCAUCAGCCGGCUGGUCUACGACUUUAGCCACUAUGGGCACGGGAGAAACGCCCUCAUCCUCGAGCAGGACGCCUUCUUCCCAGGAAUGUGGCACGCCGGCGCAGAUGGCCUGCAGAUGUUUUACAAGGUCCACAACAAGCCCGAUGGGAAACCGGAGCCGAUGGGCGCAACACCGACGAGCGUCGACGAGGCCGUCUCCAGUUAUAUCCACGAUCGCGACUGGGGCUGGAGACGAGACUGGCGCCUCACCUACGUCAUCCAUGGCUUCUCCAACGCCGUGCGCGCCGAAAAAGCAGAGUGGAUGUUUGACCAGUACAAAUCAUUCACCCCGAGAUAUGUCCUUGCCCGAAAGGCAAACAUCGCUCGCGCUCUCUACCCGGCCCUCCAAGAUGCCCUGAGAUCUGGUAUCCUCCAGAUCAGCUUGUAGGGCUUUCUUACUCUUGUCUCUUCGCUUACUCCUCUUCAAUUACCUCCUCUCCUAGUACCCUCACUUUGAUAUCUUCGUGCGUCCAGGUCGUGCACAACUUUCCAUCUUAAUUGUCAUAGCUAUAUCUUGUAAUCAUCUCUCGGGGCCCUCGAUCCACUCUAGUCUCUUCAACCCAAAAAAGACGACCAGACAAAUCGCCGUUUAUUAAGAAGAUGGAGUCAACUAC